CGACCCCAAAAUGGCGACCGAAGAUCAAUAAACUAGUCGUAACAGAUGAUUUUGACUCACUAUUAGUAGUUUUCUCACGCUGUAGAACGUGUAACUAGCUGAAUCUCCUCUCCGCUUGCUGCGCUAGGAUCCGUGUUGCUCCUGUCCUUGUUUAACGGCUGUUAUUGCGGUAAACUGCGCUUGGUUUGUGUUUCAGAAAGGUGUGCAGCGCAGCCAGUGUUUAUGUUUCCGAACCUGCAUGCAUGUGCAUGGCCAUGAUCUAGACCAGCAUGGGGAACCAGCAGGGGAGCCAGGGCGAGCUAGCGGCGGCGGCGGCCGAGUCGUUCGACCCCCGCCUAGAAGCGCUGUUCGCCCGGCUGGCUGAGGAGAAGCCCGGGCAGGACCCCUGCAUCACCGAGGAGGGUUUCCGGCAGCUGUUCGGCACGCCGCUACCGGGGUUCGCCUCGGUCAUGUUCAACGCCAUCGCACCUAACCCUGCAUCAGGUCCUGCCAGUGAAGCAGCACAGUCUUUACAAAAAGGUAGUGUUGGUCGCCGAGCAUUUCUGAUCGGAGCUCAGGAAACCCUGAACUUGACCGGGCUGUCGUCUCAGAUUAAAUACUACCACGAUGUGUUCUUUGAGAAGGAAGGAGUGACGGAGGAAGGAGUCAGGAACAUGGUGCAUACAGCCUACACCCUCUGUUUGACCUCAAUGAACCUUGACCCUGAGACUCUCAAGGGGGACACCAGUAUCCUGGAUUCCCUGGCCACAAGUAUCAUGAAGGCGUGCAGCAAACACACUGGGCAGGAGCUCCAGUUUGUGAUCCAGUCCCACUACCUCCACCUGUUCUCAGGUCUGCAUACCUACGUACAGAAGACUCUGCUGGGGGCACAGGAAGGUCCCAAUGAAGAGCUUGUAACAGCAGUACAGCAGAGAUUUGCUGACAGUAUGAUCGACCUCCCCAUGGCCUGGGUGUUGUCUUGUAUCCUACCCAUCCGAUAUACAAAGAACCGGGCAGAGCUGGCAGAGCAAAGUAAGCUUCCGAAGUGGCUUCAGUGGAGUCAGCUGUACAGCAGCCAAAAAGAUGGACAGAGUCUGACCAGGUUUGAGCACCAUGUGUUCUCCUACAAGGACCCUACUAUCCUGCUCAUCAGCUGUACAGGAGGGUUCACCUUCUGCAUCGCUGUGGACACAGAGUGGAGGGAGAGCACUGCGGCAUGGGGAGGGCUGGACUGUCUCCUGCUGCAGCUGACCCCCGAGGUGUGGGUACUGGAGGAGGGGGAGGGGAUGAUGUUUGUUAACCACCACGCACGCACCGUCAAGAAUGGGAUCUACUUCGGACGCAACUUCGACAACCCACUACUGAGCCUGCAGAGUCUGGACUCCAUACAGACCUCCGAGGGGGAGUUUGCCAUCACCAAUGUCGAGGUGUGGGGCUGUGGGGAUGAGGGUGCCCUGAAGGAGCAGCAGCGCUGGCGGGACUGGGAGCAUCGCCAGGCUGAGAAGACACAGAAGGUGAAACGUCCGGGCAGAGACGACUGGCAGGACAACCCCGACAAGUUCCUCCUCGACAUGGUCGGUGUGGAAACCGAGCAUCCGCAGGAGCGGCCCGGGAUGUAGGCUGCAGUACCUGGGGAGUGGGACAGGGGGAUGGAUGCAGAUGCUGUAGUACUGGUGAUGUCAGCAUGGUGGCAAGGAUGAUAUAGCUCCAAAUGAUUCUGGUCACUUUGAAUAUGUGAACUUCAAAAGUCAUUUUUGUUGGAAGCAAAACCUUUUAAUUUACAUUAUAUCGCUUAACCUUUAGUAGACUGAAGUAGCCGUUUUGCUACCAAUUCUCUACUGGUUAUCAAGGCUUACAUAACAUUUGAAAGAUUGUAUGUUUUCUUCAAUGAUAUGAUAGCUUUAUGAUAUGAUAAAUGUACUUACAAGGAAGGUGUGCAUCUUUAAAAUGUCAGACUCAGAUAUUUAAAAUUUCUGGCAUCUUUCCAUUGAAGUUGAAGUGACCUGUGUUGAUGACUGAUAUCAACUCCAGAGGUGCAAUACUUAAAAAGAUAUAUCAUGGUGAUAAAAGAGAAGGAUCAUAGAAGAUUUAGAAAUUAGAAAGGCAAACCUUUAUCUUUAAAAAAGCUUGUUACUAAUAGAUGUAAGACUAAAAUAAAGAUUCUAUGUGCUUAAUAGUAUAUAUUAGCUUUAUACCUCCAAAAUCUAAGCUAAUAGUGUAAUAUGAUAGGUGCUAAGAAGUGUAGAGAAUUGUUCCACUGCUGAUGGAGUUAUUCUAUCUGCAAGUGAUGUCAGUAGGCAUGGCAGAUUACUCAUUCCUGAACAAAGACAGGUGCUGAACAUUCGUUAAUUCCAGUAAGUCCAGAAUUUUCUCAGUAGUGUUGGAAAUGACAGCUUCGGGAUACAAUGUAGUGUUAGUGACAGCUAGUAGUUCAGAAGGUAGUGGCAAGAUCUAAAGUACAAAUUUUUUUAUUGUUCAGCCAUUCUCAAGACUUGGUGACAUUUCUUGCCAAUGCCAAGGGCAUGCAUAGAUAGAGGAGAAGGAAGAUACUGUUGGCAGGUACAUGUAUGUACAGUCGUGUACUUUUCCAUCUGUUGGGUGUAAGUGUAUAACCUUUAAAGGUGAAGGUUUAAAAUGCUUUGUUUUGUUGUAAGCUAAAUGCGCCCAAACAUAAUUAUUAACUUUUAGUUUAGAUGAAUACAGGGCUAGAACAAGUUAAGCAUAUUAUGUUCAUGGUAGAUUUAUAUACGUGAUAUGGUGCUGAGCUUAUAGUGAGGGAUACAGAUUGUAGAACCAGUCAAAAUAUUGUUAAAAGAUGGCCAGUAAAUCGAAGAAUAUGUACCAUGUAAUGGGCUCAUAUUCAUUGUUACUAGUAUAAUGUUUACAUUUGCACUUCGAUCUGAGGAAUUGUGUACAACACAUCACUUUACAUGCAGUAUGCACGUCAAUGAAUUCUGAAAGUCUGCUUCUACAUUUUUUCCUUUUUCUCGCAUGUACAUGGAAUGUAUGCUAAGAGUAAGACAUGGUACUACAUUAUGAAACCAGUUUCCAAAGAAAUGAAAGAAAGCCAUCUCCAAAAUUGGUUGUAUUUUUUAAAUGUAUCCUUAAGUUUAUUAUAUUAAUGCUAUUCCUACUCAUUCCUUCUGGAUCUAAAAUUCAGCAAUAAAAGGAACUGCAAAACUUCUGAACAUUGGUGACAACUUAAUUCCUGAGUAUCUGUUUGGAUGUACAAAUGUAGAGUGGUUGUGUGACUGAAUGUACAUCUGUAUGUGGGUUGAGGUGUAUGAAGGGAAAGGGAUAGUACAGUAUAGUACAGGGUGGUGGACGGUUCUUCAGCACCAAGGAAAGGGAUAGUACAGGUAGUACAGAGUGGGGAUGGUCCUUCAGCACCAAGGAGAUGUUUUUGGUGAAAAAGUACACUUGUUUUCUAACACAUAAUCAUAUGGAGCUGCUUAUCAAACUCGGUACAAAGGUGCUUUAAUAACUACUGAACACAAUGGAAGAAAUAUAACAAGUUUUCAAAUUAAUUUUGUAAAAGUCUAUCUAAUAUCUAGUAU